AUGCAAAACGUCGCGUGCAAGCGAUGUUAUUGUCUCCUCAAGGAAAGGAUUCCAUUAUUCUGGCAGCCAGCGAGCCCGGGGCUGAGGGAUUUCGCAUUUCAUUCUACGGUUGAUUGCGAGAUUUCUUUACCUGGAGACGAGUUUAAUCAUGCCUGCAAUUGGAAAAACAAUGAAGGAUGGAUUGGAUGGAGCAGUGUACAGUACUGGCGGUUGUCAAUCGUUAUUGUUCGCAGUUUAGGUUAUCACAGUCAAAGGAGGCCGACAAAGAGACGCCGCGCUGUGGACGCAUUACGGUCCCGACACCCCCACCCCGCGCGCACAGGGCUGACGACCGACGGAUCAGCUGACGGAGCUGUCGAUACACUUGACAUUGACAGUUGA